CCAACACUUCCCAGCGUUCAAGCAAAAUGAGUGUCAAAGCCACUUUAAUCAUUCUAGCAAUCUUUUUGUUCGUACGAAAAUUUCCACAUAAUACUGAGAAAUGUAGUCCUUUGAAUUGUAUAAAUGACGAUUAACUAUAUUAAUAAUGUAAAAUAAAAUAAAAUAAUAAUGUAAAAUCUGUUAGUUUCUGAAAGCAACAAAAAAUCAAAAUUAAACAAAGCAAUAAAACAAAGCAGCUAAUAUUGAAGUCAAAU